AUCAAUGAAAUUCCGCAUGCGCAUUACAUAGUAGGCGGUUUCCGGUGUUUUUGGUGAAAACGUUACACUGUGACAGGCAUAAGAAAAUGAUUCGAUUUAUUUUAAUUCAAAAUCGGGCAGGGAAGACGAGAUUAGCAAAAUGGUACAUGCAUUUUGAUGAUGAUGAAAAGCAAAAAUUAAUAGAGGAGGUGCAUGCGGUUGUAACUGUCAGAGAUGCCAAACACACCAACUUUGUGGAGUUCAGAAACUUUAAGAUUGUGUACAGACGAUAUGCUGGGCUGUAUUUCUGUAUCUGUGUGGAUGUCAGCGACAAUAACCUAAUGUACCUGGAAGCCAUCCAUAAUUUUGUAGAGGUUCUUAACGAGUACUUCCACAACGUGUGUGAACUGGAUCUGGUCUUCAAUUUCUAUAAGGUGUAUAGCGUUGUGGAUGAGAUGUUUCUUGCUGGUGAAAUACGAGAGACAAGUCAAACUAAAGUUCUAAAACAAUUACUGAUGCUCUCCUCGUUAGAAUGAUCUGAUAACAUACGCUGUGAAAGUGACACUGUUGUGACGUCAUGUACCUGAAAUGCUGAUUUAGAUUUCAUGUCUUAUGUUCACAUUCCAAAUAUAUAGAGGAAGCUUGUAACUUUGAAAGGAUUAGAACUGAAAUUAUCGAGACAGAAUAUUCAAGAAAGAGUGUGUGCUCACCGGUAAACAGUUUUGCUGAAGGCCAAACUUCUGCACUCAUCAUUUUAUUGCAUCCAUACAGGAACAUAGACAUUGUUUUAUUAAUUUUGUAGGCUGCAUAGAAUGGCAUGUUCCUUUCUGUACAGAUGUGCAGACACCAGUAUACUAAAGGCAUAAAUUUGAUAUAUAUACCUCUUGCUGGAGAAGUGUAUGCAUGUAGAUGGUAGUGUUAGAAUCAUCAGGUGAACUUUAAAAAGAACUAUGUCAUUUAGUGAGAGUGUUGUUGUGAGGUAUAUUUUCUCCCUUUAGGGAAUUGUGCAAUUAUGAAUAAAUUUUUCAAGAUGUU